CCAGAGGCCCCAUGGGGUGGGCGCAGGUAGGUACUCGAUAGGAGCUGAUACACGGAUGACAGGGGUGGGGGGUGGAGGGGGUGGUGCCGGCCCCGCCCAUGCCCCUGAGGGGGGCUGAAGGGCUCGCUCUGCCCCACAGGUGCUUCCAGGCCAUUCUCCUUCUGGCCCUGAUCGUGUUCCUGCUGGCUGGCUUCCUGCACAGGGACAUCAGGCUGUUCGCACCCCUGCUCGGGGGCCAGGCCGAGGGGCCACCCAUCAUCAACGUCAUGUUCCUCAAGACGCACAAGACCGCCAGCAGCACGGUGCUCAACAUCCUCUUCCGCUUUGCGGAGACGCACAACCUGUCGGUGGCGCUACCCGCCGGCUCUCGCUUUCACCUGGGCUACCCCUGGCUCUUCCUGGCGCGCUACGUGGAGGGCCUGGAGCCCCCCGGCCCGCAGCGGCAUUUCAACAUCAUGUGCAACCACCUGAGGUUCAACCUGCCGGAGGUGCAGAAGGUCAUGCCCAACGACACUUUCUACUUCUCCAUCCUCAGAAACCCCGUCUUCCAGCUGGAGUCCGCCUUCGCCUACUACAGGAAAGACGUGCCCGCCUUCCGGGCGGCGGGCAGCCUGGACGCCUUCCUGGCCGCCCCGCGCACCUACUACCACCGCGGCGCGGGCCUGCGCAACGCCCCCGCCCGGAACGGCAUGUGGUUCGACCUGGGCUUCGACAACGACGCGCCGGCCGAUGAGGCGUACGUGCGCGCGCGCCUCGCCGACGUGGAGCGGCGCUUCCAGCUGGUGCUCAUCGCCGAGCACUUGGACGAGUCCCUGGUGCUGCUGCGCCACCUGCUGCGCUGGCGGCUGGACGACGUGGUGGCCUUCCCGCUCAACUCGCGCAGCCCGCGCAGCGUCGCCGGCCUGUCGCCCGAGGCCCGCGCGCGCGCCCGGCGCUGGUGCGCCCUCGACUGGCGCCUCUACGAGCACUUCAACCGCACCCUGUGGGCCCGCGUGCGCGCCGAGCUGGGCCCGCGGCGCCUGCGCUCCGAGGUGGCGCGGCUGCGGGCGCGGCGGCGGGAGCUGGCGGCGCGGUGCCUGCAGGACGGCGAGGCCAAGAACCAGUCGCAGAUCACCGACCGCCGGCUGCGCCCCUACCAGUCGGGCGUGGCCGACAUCAUGGGCUACAACCUCCGGCGGGACCUGGACAACCAGACGCGGCAGAUGUGCCGGAGGAUGGUGACGCCCGAGCUCCAGUACAUGGCCCACCUGUACGCCCGCCAGUUCCCGGGGAAGCCCCCCAAGAACAUCCCCUUCCUGGAGGACUAGAGGGACGGGGUCGGGCCCCCCGUGUGACUGCAGCCCCCUACUGUCAUGGCGGGGAGGCCGUGGCACCAGUUCAUGCGGGGGCGGGGCGGGGG